AUGGUGGAAGUCGUCAACGAAGCAUCGAGCGGUAUAGAAUAUUAUUUACCUCAUCAUGCAGUCUUGAAGCCGGACAGCACAACUACGAAGCUGCGAGUAGUGUUCGACGCAUCUUGCAAAACGAGCACAGGUGUGUCUCUCAACGACGCCUUGAUGGUGGGUCCGGUAGUGCAAGACGAUUUGCUGGACAUCAUUCUACGAUUUCGGUUGCAUCGGUACGCGAUAGUGGCAGACGUCGCAAAGAUGUAUCGCAUGGUGAAUGUUACAGCAGAUGAUCAACGACUUCAAAGAAUUCUAUGGCGAAGUUCGGUAGAAGAGCAAUUACGUACGUACGAACUAACGACAGUAAUGUACGGUACAGCGUCUGCACCGUAUCUAGCGACGAAGUGCCUGCAGAAGUUAGCGGAAGAAGGAAGACAAACGCACCCGGUAGCUGCUAAGGUGCUUAAGCAGGACUUCUACGUCGAUGAUAUGUUGACAGGUAUAGAUAACAUUGAAAGAGGGAACCAGUUCGUCGGUGAUAUGAUUGCGUUGACUAAAUCGGCAGGAUUUAUGCUGCGUAAAUGGAACUCUAACUGUAAGGAGAUUCUAAUGAACGUGCCGGAGAGUUUGCGUGAUGAUCGUACGAUUUUAGAGCUAGACUCGGCGAGUUGCGCAGUAAAGACUUUGAGUUUGGUUUGGGAACCCGGUACGGACACAUUCCGGUUCAGUGCACCGAAGUGGAGCACAGGUGUCAUCACAAAGCGAGCUGUUCUCGCUGAUGUGUCCCGUUUAUUCGAUCCGUUGGGAUUAGUCAGUCCCGUAGUAAUUCAGGCCAAGAUCUUUAUACAAGAUUUGUGGAUGCAAGAAUGCGGAUGGGACCAGCCACUGGGUGAAAGGCUGCAAGAACAGUGGCAAGAGUUUAGGCGGAAUUUGGCCGGCCUGGAAGGAUUAUCCGUACCACGGUGGACGGGAAUCGGCAGCCACGUUGUAUUAGUGGAAAUCCACGGAUUUUGCGAUGCGUUCGAGAAGGCCUACGGGGCAUGCAUCUACAUUCGAACGGUAGCUGAUGGAGGAUUGGUCGAUGUCCAUCUUUUAACGCCAAAUCCCGUGUUGCCCCAUUGGAAAAUUUGA